AUGCAUAUUAUUCAUGUUGGAUCCCCUGAAAGUUUAAAGUCUAUUCUUGGGGAUUCCAAAUCUAUGAAGGCUAGAGUGGGAACUGCUGGUGAUGCUCGUAAGGUUUUCAAUGAUCAUAAUGUGUGGGUAAUUCUACCAGAAUUGAAUCUUGAAUUCCAAUUAUGUGAAAUGGAAUCUCGAAUUCUGAUUCUAUCAGAAUGGAAUCUCGAUAUUUCCUAUAUGGUUUGUGCAUUUUCCACAAUUCUUGGUUAUGAUUUUUGGUGCAAUUCACAAGUCUACAUAUUUGUAUAA